AUGUUGGACGUAGAGGUCGUACCUGAGCUUGCGAUUCGUCACAAAACAUGGGAAUUCAUUCUGGGCAUGCCAAUCCAGCAGAUGAUUUCCAUUCUUCGGGUGCAUGACAACGUUAUUCGAUCAGUCGACUUCUGGUACAAUGACAAAUCUCCGUUCAGUUCUAACUUGGUCAUCGUUUUACCUGGGGAUGGCUUACGAUUUCACUUUGACCCCUUUCUCCAAAGACUUCGUCUUAUUGAGGUGUUUGACCUAUCCAAAAUCGCGUUGCGUUACUGGUCACAGUACUUCAACAGUUCCUCAGUCCUUCCAAGCAUACAGGAAAUACUCCGCAUAUUUGGUUCAACAAAGCCACUCCAUGAUACCGGCGGGGAGUUCCGUCUCUGUUAUCGUGGAAUCACGUUCAUUCUCAAACCGCUUGAUGCCUCCACGGGCGAUUUCUACCUAACUCCAAGAGGCAGCCUUAUUUCUUUAAGCACAGCGAAUGCUCAAUCUACUUUGGUCGUAUCGCGCCUGUUUAUCUAUCUCGGAAACAACCUUACGGAAGCCAAGGUUUCUUUGGAGCUUCCAAGCGCUUGUUACCUACAUAAUGUGUUCCUAGAUCGGCUAGAGAUCAUCCGGUCAGCGAAUGUCACCGAACAACUUCGAUUUCAUCUUGUCACCCAGGAUUUGCACACUAGCCUGACGCUAGAUCCUCAGAUUCGCCGAUUUACUCGCGUUUUGUCGUUUGGAGCCUCAGUGCAGGAUGUUCUUGCUGCUCUCGGAUCACCCAGUCGAGUAUUCUACAAGACCGAAGACAAAAUGAAAAUUCACUUGCCUCAAUCCUAUCGGUUGGAGCACCCACGGCGAUCCGAUUACUUCUUCAACUACUUCACACUUGGUGUUGAUAUCUUGUUCGAUGCUCGUUAUCAUCAGGUCACCAAGUUUGUCCUGCAUACUAACCAGCCUGGCGAGUACUCAUUCAAUGCCUAUCAUCGGUGCCUAUUCGAAUUACCACUUUCGAAUUCCUCGGUGACGGAUUCCAAAUCAUCGAAGGAUUUGUCCAGCGCUCCUGAUGAGGCGUUCACAGGAUCUGAAGUUCCAUCGGCUCAGAUCGAUGAGUUCGUUGUUACACCCUUUGUAAAGUGGUUCGCUAUUCGACAGAGAAUCGAGCAUCUGGUUGACGUUGAGCCGGUGGUGAUCCAUCGUGAGGCGAAGCCUCAGAAGAAUCCAUUUGGUCCCACUCAUGCUUUCGGAUACUACGACAUUAUUUUUGAGGACAUUUCCACACACCUAGAAAACUGUAUCUUAAUGCCAUCGUCAGCUAGCCCAUCGGAUGCCGGUCAACCGAAAGCAGAUCACCCGAGCCAACUACGCCGCCAUUCAGACCCUAUACCACCAAAGACUGAAACGUGCAGCGUCUGUUGUGCUCAAUGGGUCAUUGAAGGAUCUAUACGAAGGCAACUGCGGCUUACUUAUGGACCCCAAACAGUGUUGAAACCAGGUACUCUCAAUUCCAAAGCAUGUGGAUGGUCGGCCUGGCGCCAGGAGCUCGAUCGAGCCAGUUACAGACGAGGAAGUCGGCCGUACGAUCCGUUUAUUGGGCAUUUCCCGCCCAGGCCUGGACAAGCUCACGUCCAGGAUGUUCCGCCGUUGCAAUGCAAACCUGCUCGCUGGGUAAUCCAACCUAUGCUUACUACGUAA